AUGUCUCAUUCGGCCCAGCUUCACUUCCGUCAUACGCUUUUUUCAAUCUCCUCUUCGCAUCUCGACUAUGCCCACGGCCUCUUGUGUGCGGCCAAGGCAGAACUAUUAAAUCGCACCACUCCCACGUUCUGCAAUGCAGCCAAGUGGGCUGGCAUAGUCACUGCAAGCACCAACAAUGUGCCCUCCUGCAGGCUUGGCCGAAGCCAAGUCUGCAGAUCCUUCAAGGAAUGCUGCCAGGCCGGACAGAGCUGCAUGGAACACGGCUUGCCGGUCAUUUCAGCCGGGACUGGCGCCCUCAUACCAGACAGACAUACAGACGAACAUACGAACAGACAACCGGCCAGCCAGCCGGAUAGGCGUCAUCUAGAACACUCCAACCAGUGGGGCAUGUAUUCUUUGCUCACGCUUCUCCUCUGCGUCCCUCUGCAACUGUCUAGUGUGUGUGUGUGGGGGGGUGGAAGGGGGGAAGUCUAUUUACGCUAG